AUGGCAGUAGAGCUGUUUUUAGACCUGUUCUCACCCCCUUGCCGUGCCGUGUACAUUUUUGCCAAGAAGAACGGCAUCCCCUUUGAGCUGCGGCCUGUGGCGCUGACACUAGGAGAGCGCCUGAAGCCUGAGUUCCUGAAGGUGAACCCCCUGGGGAAGGUGCCUGCUCUCAGGGAUGGGGACUUCCUGCUGGCUGAGAGUGUGGCCAUCCUUCUCUACCUGAGUCGCAAGUUUCAGACAGUAGCACACUGGUACCCAGCUGCCCAGGCCUGCGCCCGUGUUGAUGAAUACCUGGCCUGGCAGCACACGGCUAUCCAGCAGCCUGCCGCCAAUGUCUUCUUGUGCAAGUCUCUCUUGCCCUACUUCUCCGGGCAGCCUGUGGAUGCUGCCAAGCUGGAGCGGCUGAUGGGGAGGCUGACGCCCUCUCUGCAGCACCUGGAUAGGGUGGUCCUGGUGGCCAAGCCCUUCCUGGCAACGGAGAAGAUCUCCCUGGCAGAUCUGAUCACGCUUGUGGAACUGAUGCAGCCCACUGCAGUUGGCUGUGAUCUCUUCCGAGACUGGCCCCGGCUGGCAGAGUGGCGGGCCCGUGUGGAGGCUGUCUUGGGCCCUGAGCUUGUCCAGGAGGCCCACAAGUGUGUGCUACAGCCUCAUGACCCCCGGGAUGCCCCAAGGGACCCCCAAGUGGCCCAGCAGCUGGUGAAGAGACUGGAGGAGCGGCUCCGCUGAGAGGGGUAUGACCUGCUCCCUGGUUUUCUGUUGUUCUCAAUAAA